AUGUCUAAUCAGAUAUCAAAAGAAGUUGGCAAUUACAUCCUUACAGAAGAACUUGGAGCAGGCUGUUAUGGGAAAGUCUACCUUUGCAAGAUCUUGAAGGAGGAAAAUAUCCGACAUGAAGUCAGGCCCAGAAUGCGUAAAGGACGAAGAAUUGCUUGUAAAAUGAUUUCUCUAAAGGGACGUCAUGAGAGAGAGAUCGAAUACUUUCUCAGUGAAAUUAACAUGAUGAAAAAUCAGAGCCAUAGAAACCUUGUUAGGUUCAUAGAUGUGAGCAAAAGCAAUAAUAAUGUUUACAUAUUUAUUGAAUACUGUAAUGGAGGAAGCUUGAGGAAUCUAUGAAGAGCUAAGAGACCGAGACUUAGUGAAUCUCUUGUCAGAGCAAUAUCUAUUGAAAUUGCAAAAGGUAUAUCCUAUCUCAGCGGUCAGGAAAUUGCUCAUAGAGAUCUCAAGAUUGAUAACAUUAUGAUACAUUUCCCAAAUCUUCCAAAGCAGCUAAGUGAAAAAUUUUCUUAUUUGAAGGAGUUUGACCACAAUAAAGAUGAAAUAGAGGUUAGGAUUGGAGAUUUUGGAGUUGCAAAAUCUUUCUUAAAUGGAAAUUUAGCAAACUCUAAACUUGGGACUUACACAACAAUGGCUCCAGAGGUUUAUAAUGAGAUAAACUAUGAUUUUAAAGUUGAUAUUUGGUCGUUUGGAGUAAUAGUUUACGAACUUGCUUUUGGCAAAUUGCCAUUUUAUGGAAAGAAUGCUCAAGAUCAUGAAGAUAUUCUACUAAAAGGAAAUUAUAAAAUACCUUCCCAAGCAAAUAUUUCACUUGAACUCCUUGAUUUAAUUCAGAGAUGAAUCCAAUACAGACCCUCACAAAGAAUAAGCUAUGAAGAUAUAUUAAAGCAUCCUUUUAUGACUGGAGAAGAUAUUAAAUCUAAUGAAGGUAUGAAUAAUGCUUCAGAAAAGAACAAGAGAGAUAAAAUUGCUUACCCCUCUAGUGUUGAUCAAGUAAACUUUGGAUUCUUGAAUUCAAAGAAGAUUUAUUCAAUAGAAGAACUUCAAGUUAAAAUUGAUUUCUGUAAUGAAGAAGCUAAAAAGAAAAUGGAGCCUAGAAGUUUUAAAAAGCAUUCUCCUCAAAAGCGUUGCAAGGAAAUCAAAGCUAAUGUUGAAGAGACAGAAGAAAAGAAGACUAUUGGUUUAGAAAAGGAUUGCAAUAAAGAAGAAAUGAAGAUACAGCAUGAAUCUGAACAAAAAGGACCAUCUCUUGAUCUCCAAAAGCGUCUUACAGGCCCCUCAUCAGCCGACGAAAAAGCUACUUUCCAGGCUGAUUUAGAUACUAAAAAUGGUUCUAAUGAUGGAGAUUCUCUCAAAUCAGAUGAUUUUGAGGAUAUUCCAAGUUUUAAAAACAGCGAAGAAGAAGUGAAGCUCAAUAAGAUCCCCUGCCCUACCACACCCCUUAACUCUCAGGAGGAAGCCCUAUUCAUCUCUUCAACCCCUCUCUCUCCUUCUGGGCUCCAGUCUCCUGCUUUCUUUCCAAUGACAACUUGUCCCAUACCAGACAUCGAGACCCCUUUGAGCAAAUCCUCUUCAUCCUCCUCCUUCGAGAUCAUCGACUAAUUCAAAUGCGGAAUACUCUCUGACCAA